GUUAACUUGGGAAGUGGGAUUCGAUCUUUAGUACAGCCAAAUGCCACGGACAGGCUGACUGGCUAUGGCAUACACCACUGCUUUGCAAAAAGCAUGAUGGGGCACGAAGCGAAGAUGGCAAUUACUCACAACUUCUAUGCGGACUACUACACCAUGGCUGGGAUUGCACUGGCAUCCUGCCUGGCCAUGUGCCCAGUGGUUGGGUUUCUGGGGAGGAGAGGGGGACUCCUGCUUUUCAUGAUCCUUACAGCUCUGGCAUCUCUUCUGCAACUGGGCCUUCUCAACUUGAUCGGAAAAUACAGUCAACUUCCAGACUCAGGUAUGAGUGACAGCGUCAAAGACAAGUUCUCUACCGCAUUUUCCAUCGUGGGUAUGUUUUCUUCGCAUGCUGUUGGAAGCCUCAGUGUAUUCUUCUGUGCUGAAAUCACACCCACAGUAAUCAGGGGAGGCGGGCUGGGGCUGGUCCUGGCCAGCGCAGGCUUUGGCCGCCUGACUGCCCCCAUCAUGGAGCUCCACAACCAGAAAGGCUACUUCCUCCACCAUGUCAUCUUUGCCUGCUGUACGCUCAUCUGCAUCAUCUGCAUCCUGCUGCUGCCAGAGAGCAAGAACCAAAACCUGCCCGAGAACAUCCCGGACGGGGAACAUUACACCCGGCAGCCCCUUCUGCCACACAAGAAGGGGGAGCAGCCCCUGCUCCUGACAAACUCUGAACUCAAGGAUUACUCUGGCCUCCACGACUCAGCAGCUGUGAGUGAUGGGAUCUCUGAGAACACCACUGCCAAUGGGAUGAAGUCAAUGUAACUGGGUGGAUUUUUUUCCUUCUUUUUUUUUGUUGGGUUUUUUUUUCCCUUCUUCACUUUCUUUUGUAUUUUAUUUGAUGCUGUUGUGCAGGAGGAGCAGCACUUUGGGCAAAGGUGUUUUGCACAGGUUUUACAAACCAGUGAUGGAGCAGACACAGACUUGGGGGAAUUCAACUCUGCUGCUAAAGCAACUUUUGGCAUCUUCAGCUGUUGUGCAGAUUGCUCUUGAAAAUGUUAUGGGGGAAAAGACUCAUCUGAGAAAAUACCUGGCUGGAGGUAGCCCUUCAGAACUCAUUUUUUCCUGCCAUUAAAUAUGUAUAUUUAUUUUGAUUUAUUCUCAAGAAGCACUUUAUUUCCUUUUCCUUUCAUAGAUCACAAAAAUGAAGCCAUCUUAUUAUAAGAGGUGCAGCCAUUCCAAGAAAGAAACCAUGGUGGGGGGGGUUGUUUUCUGUUUUGUUUUCGUGUUUCUUUAAAGGAAAGAGGGAUCCACUGCAAAGUUGAAUUGACUGAAAUUUAGACUUGUGCAACAUUCUUCUGCCUGUCUAGAAAGUUCAAGCGCCCAGGUUGCCUGCUGUGUUUGUAUA